GGGACCGGCCCAACUGCUCUCCUCAUCUAAAAGUACACAAACUGUCUGCGACACCCGGGCACAAAGCAGAAGUGGAAAUCCUGAGCGAGAUGAGAGAAAGCCUGCGAGGCUUGUCGGAGGAAGAGCUCGAGACACGAGUCUGCUAAGAGGAAGAAGGGGAGAAAAGAGGGAACAGAACAUCCAGUCAGAAAAACAAAGACGUCUGCUGUGUUUCAAAGACUUCAGCUCUGCUGUUUGGGGGGAGAAGAGACUGCAGGGUGCUCCAUGAUGUGGACUUUGUCAGGCAUGUGGAUCUUGUGACAACUUUGCUCCUUUGGAGGUGAGACAAUCCAAAAAAACUGAGCCCUGAGUUUGGACAACGGGACAGGAUCUAGUUAUAAGGACAGUCGUCUGAAGGAUGCAUUUGAAUGAGGAUAACCCAACACCUUACGCUCACAAUGGACUACAUGGGUGAGAAGGAUUUGUGUUCGACUGGUAUAUCAGAGUGAGCAAAAGUGAGUGCAUCUGGUGGGCUGAAGCCUGGGAAGAGAGACCGAGCAGGGGGAGGGGGAGAAGCUCCAGCCUGAGUCUCUGUCCUCUCUGGGGAGGAAUCUUUUCAGCACCGAUCAGCCCACAGAAGUAAGUACACGAGGGUGAGGAAAGCUAAUCAACUUUGCAAUGUCCCAUCCGGAGGACCCUUUAGUGCCGAUGGCCUGACUGCGCCUCCUCGGUGUCGGACGGCUCUGGGUUUUGUUCUUUUCCUCCAUGGACAGUCGCUUUGGCUCAUGAUGAAUAACACCACCGACGCGCAGGACAAUUCCAGCUGCAUCAAGAAUGACAUGUUCAAGUACCCCCUGUACAGCACGGUCUUCAGCAUUGUGUUUGUCGUCGGACUCAUCACCAACGUGGUGGCCCUUUACAUAUUCACGUGCUCCCUGAAGCUGAGGAACGAGACCACCACGUACAUGAUGAACCUGGUGGCGUCCGACCUGCUGUUCGUCUUCACGCUGCCGCUGAGGGUCUUCUACUUCAUCAACAAGAACUGGCCCUUCGGGGGCACCCUCUGCCAGAUCUCCGUCUCGCUCUUCUACACCAACAUGUACGGCAGCAUGCUCUUCCUCACGUGCAUCAGCGUGGACCGCUUCCUGGCCAUCGUGCACCCUUUUCGCUCCAAGACGCUCAGGACCAAGCGCAACGCCAGGAUAGUGUGCGCUGCCGUGUGGGUGCUGGUGCUCUCCGGGAGCCUCCCCACCGGGUUCCUGCUGAACAGCACCACAAAGGACUCGCAUGGCAGCAACACGUUCUGCUUCGAGAACUUCUCAUCCAAGACGUGGAAAUCCCACCUGUCCAAAGUGGUGAUCUUUAUAGAGACAGUAGGCUUCCUCAUCCCUCUGCUGCUUAACGUCUGUUGCUCCAUCAUGGUGUUGCAGACACUGCGGCGCCCGCAGACCAUCAGUCGCGGCGGAAAGGUGAACAAAAAAAAGAUCCUGCGGAUGAUAAUCGUGCACCUGUCCAUUUUUUGCUUCUGCUUCAUCCCCUAUAACGUCAACUUGGUGUUUUACGCCCUGGUCCGCACGAACAACCUGACGGGCUGCUUUGUCGAGUCGGUGGUGCGAACGAUCUACCCGAUAGCGCUUUGCAUCGCCGUGUCCAACUGCUGCUUUGAUCCCAUCGUGUACUACUUCACCUCAGAGACCAUCCAGAACUCCAUCAAGAGGAAGUCUCAGGCCUCCCGUUCGUUCGACGUCAAGUUCUCUGAGGCCCUGCAGUCGGAGAGCGGCUCCACUUUGCAGUGCAGCCUCAGGAACCUGAAAGCUAAGGUCUUCCACAACGAGUCUUCCGUGUGAAAGUUUUCAAAUAGUUUUCUCUGGAACGCUUUUCCUAUUUUGGACUUCAUCUCAGGGCAAAAGCUUUAAACUGUGGAAUUUAACAGCGUCUGCUUUGCUGCUUCACCACUUGACCCUCUGCUCACAUGCGAGGCUUUGUUACGACUACUUACACAUUGCUGUUUCCUGUGGAUUAUGCUGUAACAGUGUUUAACACGGUUACUCAGCCCGGUGAUGCAUUAAGGGAAUAUGAUCACUGGAGUGCAGUACAGUUCUAACUUUAACAUAUUAAUGUAUCUGUAUAUAUGUAUAGUGAGUUGUGGUGCUAACUGUAGGCCAUUAUAUAUUAAGUUAACAUAAAGAUAUUCCAUGUACAGGACUUUUUGUUUGUUUGGUAUUAAAAGUCAUUCUGUAAUUCACUUUUGUGAAUGUGUCAUUUAUUUUUUUAUGUAAUGGUGAAUUACAGAAUGUAAGGGUGACUCUUUGUUAAUGAUGUUGUUCUGAGAACAUUUCAUUGUAGUCUCAUUACUGAAUCUUAAAUGCACUGAAAGACUUCCUCCCGCUGCACUCACCCCGUUGUAAUCAAUAAAAGCCAUGUGCUGACUAAUGCAAAAAAGAAAAAUCUGCACCUUGAAAGUUUUUGUUUUAAAUUUGAAAAAAAAGGGGGUUUGUGUCGCUUAUGGCACUGACGUGAAUGUUUAGACUGAAUUUGAUAAUAUUGGGAAAUCCUUUAAAUUGUAUCUUGGAUUAACAUUUUUAUCAUACCGGCGCCACUCCUCUGCUUCUAGUUUUGAACUAAAUGGGGGAGCUUGUAGUAAUAUAAACUGAAUAAAAGUGUGACUGUGAAUAAUUUAA